CUGCCAGAUCUAGAGUUAAUGGAAAGAGAAUCAAUAAAGCAUAGUACACUGCAUGUCAAUGUUACACUUGAAGUCUCUUUGUGCUGUGAACUCUUUAUACUUCACACAGAUUACAUACCAGAUCGAAACCUAUUUGUUUCAAGGUGGAGGAACGAAAGAACCAGCAGAUCCAACAUCUGGUAAACAAUCACCAGCAAGCCUUCAGCGAGUUGAAAGCCUACUAUAAUGACAUCACAGUUAACAAUCUUGCACUGAUCACCAGUCUUAAGGAGCAGAUGGCUAAAAUGAAAGACAAUGAAGAGCGUAUCGAGAAGAAACUGAAAGAAGUAAGCAACGAGAACAAGAAGCUGGUGCAGCCUCUCAGAGAAGCUCGGGAGCAAGUGACAGAUCUACAGAGACAACUCACCAACUAUAACAAGGACAAGACGUCCCUUUCUAACAUGAAGAAACAUUUGUCUUACGUAACCAAGCAACUUGAAGAUCUGACGAAUGAGUAUGAUGUACUGGAAAUGGCUUUUGAAAAGGUGAAGGAGGAGAGGGAUGACCUCCAUGACAAGUUUGUGUCAGCUAUCCUAGAACUCCAGCAGAAAUCCAGCAUGAAAAAUGUGUUGCUGGAGAAGAAGUUGCAGAUUCUUACUGCAGCUCUAGAGCAAAGAGACGUCCAAGUGGCAGAGGUCAUGGCUGCCACUAACAUUGACCCCAAGGCCAUGCAUUCUGUCAAUAAGAAACUGGAGGAACUCUUGGCCACCAAGAACAAUCAAAUCCAAGAACUCCAACUGGAGGUGGCAAGAGUGAUGAAGAUUCACGAUGAUAUGGUUCUCAACCUCGAGGGUCGGCUGAAGGCCAUGGGGAUCUCGAGAGAAGAGGUGGGCCUCCGUAGUAGCUCCACCCUCCGACCUCAGACCCACAAGUCCUCUACAUCAGUGUCAACACAGUAAGAGGUUCUUCUGACAUAGAUCUAAUUAUAGCUACUGAUAUAGCUGCACAUGUUCUUCAGCUAUUAUAAUAUUGUGUUUUAGUAAUAAUUUUUUGUUAAUAGCAUUAAUCGUCGAUAGUCUAGUCAUUCUUACAGAGACAAUUAAUGUGAUCCUAGAAUUGUAAUACAGCAUGAUCGUAAUGACUUUAUUCUACAAUAUAUUUCUUCUAGCCAUAAUGUAUAUGCUGAAUGUUUUGUAAUAUGUAUAUCCUAAUUUUAAUUUGUACUUUUGCAGUUUGUAAU